CCCCGGGACUCCGGGGGCUGCUGAGCUGGGGGGGCGCUCCAGCUGCGAGGACCCGGGCAGCCCGCGGGACGGGGAGCGGGCGCCCAGGUCACCCAGUGGGUGUGGGAAGCAUAAACCUGAAUCUCACCCCAACCAGACAGGCUGCUGUCUGGAGCCGUUGCCCCGGAGAUAGAGGAGAAAGUUAUUUUCAUUCAGGGGACUGGCAAGGGCUGGACUUCAGACUCUUCUAGAAAGCUGAUGCCCAACCAACUGAGCCAUACCGGUCAGGUCAAGGCUUCCCUUUCUAUAGAAAAGGAACAUUGUGCCCAGAGAGGGAUGGGGUGCGUGAGGUCUAAGUUCCUCCAGGACAGAGGCAAGGUCUCCAAAUCCGAGCCCAGUGCGAGCCCGCACAGCCCUGUGUAUGUGCCGGAUCCCACGUCCUCAGGCAAGCGGCGACCUGACACCGGCAACGACAACAGCCCAGGGCCCUCGGACAGUGCUGAAGAGAGCGUUGUGGUUGCCCUGUACGAUUACGAGGCCAUUCACCGCGAAGACCUCAGUUUCCGGAAGGGAGACCAGAUGGUGAUCCUGGAGGAGUCUGGGGAGUGGUGGAGGGCUCGGUCCCUGGCCACCCGGAAAGAGGGCUACAUUCCAAGCAACUACGUCGCCCACGUUAACUCUCUGGAGACAGAGGAGUGGUUCUUCAAGGGCAUCAGCCGGAAAGAUGCGGAGCGCCAACUCCUGGCCCCUGGCAAUGUGCUGGGCUCCUUCAUGAUCCGGGACAGUGAGACGACCAAAGGGAGCUACUCUUUGUCCGUGCGAGACUAUGACCCCCAGCACAGGGACACAGUGAAACAUUAUAAGAUCCGGACCCUGGACAACGGAGGGUACUACGUCUCCCCACGAAGCACCUUCAACACCCUGCAGGAGCUGGUGGCCCACUACAAGAAAGGGAGUGAUGGGCUCUGCCAGAAGCUGACAGUGCCCUGCGUGUCCUCCAAGCCCCAGAAGCCAUGGGAGAAAGAUGCCUGGGAGAUCCCCCGGGAGUCCCUCAAGCUGGAGAAAAAGCUCGGAGCCGGGCAGUUCGGGGAAGUCUGGAUGGCCACCUACAACAGGCACACCAAGGUGGCCGUGAAGACGAUGAAGCCAGGGAGCAUGUCCGUGGAGGCCUUCCUGGCAGAGGCCAACCUGAUGAAAACCCUGCAGCACGACAAGCUGGUGAAGCUGCACGCAGUGGUCACGGAGGAGCCCAUUUACAUCAUCACGGAGUUCAUGGCCAAAGGAAGCCUGCUGGACUUCCUGAAAAGUGGCGAAGGCAGCAAGCAGCCGCUGCCGAAACUCAUUGACUUCUCAGCCCAGAUUGCGGAAGGCAUGGCCUUCAUCGAGCGGAGGAACUACAUUCACCGAGACCUCCGAGCGGCCAACAUCCUGGUCUCUGCGUCCCUGGUGUGUAAGAUCGCGGACUUCGGCCUCGCGAGGGUCAUCGAGGACAACGAGUACACGGCCCGGGAAGGGGCCAAGUUCCCCAUCAAGUGGACAGCUCCCGAAGCCAUCAACUUUGGCUCCUUCACCAUCAAGUCAGACGUCUGGUCUUUCGGUAUCCUGCUGAUGGAGAUCGUCACCUAUGGCCGGAUCCCAUACCCAGGGAUGUCAAACCCUGAGGUGAUCCGGGCACUGGAGAGAGGAUACCGGAUGCCCCGGCCAGAACUGUGCCCUGAGGAGCUCUACAACAUCAUGACUCGCUGCUGGCAGAACCGCCCUGAGGAGCGGCCCACCUUCGAAUAUAUCCAGAGUGUGCUGGAGGACUUCUUCACAGCCACAGAGAGCCAGUACCAGCAGCAGCCGUGAUGGGGGGGGACCGAGGCAGGGCCAGACACUGAGGCAAGGCCUCGGAGGUGUCUCCAGCACCAUCGGCCAGAUACCCGCUCACCCUUCCCACUCCCAGACACCCAUGCUUGCUCCAGCCACGUUUUCUCAUCUGUCAAGUGAGUGGGUUGGACUGGACAAUCUCUUUUUGACUCUAGCAGUCCACAAUCUGCCAUUCUCAGGAGGCCUUGACUUCCUAUUUCUAUUGCCUGGGACACCUGUAUUCCAGUUACAGCUGUGGUUGAAAUGGGAAACUUUUUAAAUAAUGAAGUAAAUAUUUAAAUAUAAGUGCCCUGGCUGGUGUAGCUCAGUAGAUUGGGUGCCGGCCUGUGAACCAAAGGGUUGCAGGUUCGAUUCCCAGUCAGGACACAUGCCUGGGUUGUGUGGGCCAGGUCCCCAGUGGGGGGCACAUGAGAGGCAACCAACCGAUGUAUCCCACACAUCAAUGUUUCUUUCCCUCUUUUUCCCUCCCUUCCUCUCUCUCUAAAAAUAAAUGAAUAAAAUCUUUAAAAAAUAUUUAAAUAAAAGAUACAUAUGCUAAAAGCUUUA